AUCCAUGGAGAAUUAGUGGAGAGGAACGCUCAAAACAUGAUAUUCAGUUUUUUCAAUUGAAACCAGUCAAUGGCUUUGUGACAGGAACACAAGCAAGAGAUUUCUUCCUUCAGUCUGGCUUACCUACACAAGUUUUAGGACAAAUUUGGACCUUAGCUGACAUAAAUGGAGAUGGGAAAAUGGACAAGAAGGAGUUCUCUAUUGCUAUGCAUCUAAUAAAGAAGAAGCUACAGGGAUAUGAGCUUCCCAAAGUGUUGCCUCCCAGCCUGAAGGCAGAUCCUGCUCCUGUAGUGGGUUCUUUUGCUCAAGCUGCUGUGGGUAAUAUACCCAUGGCCCAGCCAGCAGUGGGUAAUAUACCCAUGUCACAACCCAUGGGUUUCUCAAUGGGAGGUAUGCAGUCGUCGGUGGGAAUAGGGAUGCCACUGAUCCAGCCUCAAGCAUCUCUAGGAACUGCUACUAUGACAACAGGGUCCUUAGGCUUGGGCCCACUCAUGUCAAAUGGUAUCACUGGCAGUUUCUCCCAUGGAG